GUGGCCUGGGAGCAUUUAGGUCUCUCCCUGGGCUCCUUGGGAGCUCGGGCGGUUCUGGGCGGGAUUGCCGUGAUCGCGAGUUUCAUUGCCAUCGCGGCUGUGGUCUUCUUGCCCUUGGCGACGUAUUCCAUCAACUACGUCGACCAGGCUGGCAGCACCCCGACCGGCGUGAUGAUGUCGGUGAUGGGCAUUCUGGUGAUGACGGUGAAUUGGAUGAUCGGUUUGCUGCAUAUCUUCGUCUCUGCCAAGGUUGGAUUCACACGCCGUGACAGGGAGGGCAUCCUCAUUUUCAAGGUAGUUCUGGGGCCCUGUGGCGGGGGCACUGCAUCUCAGAGCUUAGUAGUCAGAUCUUCAGACACUCCUUUCAUGCCCGCGCCGACCGACAGCCAACACGAAUGGCUCUGGCAGUCGCUGGGCGCAGGCCAGUACCAGGUGGUCAGCAGCCUCGCGCCCUUCGACUUCGACUGGAAGUCCCUACAUCCGAUUUAUGGCACGCCGCUCAUGGCCAUGCUUCACCACGCCAUUCUCUUCCCUGGAGGGAAGGAGGAGGAACAGCGAGUCCACGACAUGGCUCGCUACUGCAUGCGGCAGGGGGCCGAUCCUCGCAUCGUGGCGCCCCGGGCAACGGGCCUGAGCGUGGGACUGCCACCCGCGCCUCCUGGGCCAAAUUGGUUGGCCUAUGAUGACGCUGGCCAUUGCUGGUGGCAGUAUGACGGCCCCCUAGGCAUCUUCUGGUGCGAGGACUCCAAGAAGGAUGACUCUGACACCUACGCAUGCCCUGGGGCGGAGCCUGCCAUCAAGAUCACGGCGGAGGAGCACUCCGGCCACUGUUGCAUCACUCUGGCGCUGGCCAUCAAGCGGAAGCUGGACUGUUGGGGCUCGUACCGCAAGUACAGCGAGCGCAUCGACCGCCUGAUGUUGGUACUCACCGAGGCCGACAUCUGCCACUCCGCGCACCUGAUGCUCAUGAACGAGGGGCUGGUCCGUGACAUGGCGAAGGCAAUGCAGGACACCGAGCGCGCUGACGUGGAGCUCCGCCUCCCCGAGGGCGGCUCUGUGAGAGCCCACUCGCUGAUCCUCUGCAACGCCUCGCCGGUGUUGGACGCAGCGCUGCAGAGCAGCAUGUGCGAGGGCCGCACGCAGGUCAUAAAUGCUUUGGACAUCUCAGAACCUGCGCUCAAGCACCUGCUCUCCCUGAUCUACACCGGCUGCGCUUCGCGUGAGGACCUGCCCAUGAAGAUGCACCUGCAAGCCUUGGAUCUUGCUCACAGAUGGCAGGUGGACCGUGUCGUGGACGCUCUGGAGACAAAGCUGGUGAAGCAGGUCAGCGACGAUGUCCCAAGCCUUAGCUUAGACCAGCGGAUCCAGCUCCUGAACGACGUACUGGAGUCGGCGGUUCUGAAGCAACUGCGCCGCUUGCAUGGGGCCUGCCGCCUCGUGGUUAGCCGAGACCCGCGGUUGAUGGAGGCCGUGGAGCGCGGUGCCUUCGGCCGGGUGGCGGCCAAGGACCUGCGGAACGACGAGGAGCCACGAAAGAAGCGCCGCCGCGCGCUGGAAGUGAGCUGA